AUGGCGGAGAACAAUUUCGCGGUGGCAGCGUUCCAGCAGCUGUACGGAAGCGGGGCGGCGGCAGUUCCUGCGCAUCCUGCGGCAGGACGAUACUGGCCGUAUCCGAGCGCACACGCGCUACCGACAAACGGUUUGUUCUAUCAGCAAGCCUCGGCGGCGGUCACCUUGCAGAAGCCUCUUCCCUACAGGCUGUACCCACCGACGAUGAUCCUGGCAGGGCCUAGCAAUCCUCUCGGGUCGCUGACGGCGAGCUCCAGCUUGUCGAAUCUCAGCAAUUACUACAGAGACGGUCCAGAAAUGGCGGACGGACGGGACAGAGAGAACAUCGAGAGAUCGUCGAGACAAAGGGACAGAAGCAAAAGCCCCGUGCUCAGCGACAGGUCGCCGUUGAUGAAGGAGGAAAGACUGUACGCGCCGACGAUGGUGCAGCAAACACCCGGUUCGAGCAACACCCUUGGAACUCUCACGGCGAGUUCCAGCCUCUCGAAUCUGAGCAACUACUACAGAGACAGCCCGGAAGCGGUGGACGGACGAGAAAGGGAGAACAUGAACAGAGCGUCGAGACAGAGGGACAGGAGCAAGAGUCCUGCGUUGAGAGAAAGAUCACCUAUGUGCAAGGACGACAGGCUCUACCCAGCAACGAUGCUUCAAGCGGGGCCUAGUAACAGUAUCGGCUCGCUCACGGCCAACUCGGGCCUGUCGAAUUUGGGCAGCUACUACAGAGACAGUCCGGACAUGGUCGAGGGCAGGGAGAGAGAACACUUGAGCAGGGCGAGCAGGCAGAGGGACAGGAGCACCAGUCGUUCGCCAAAAAGAGAAGACAGUCCGCAGAGCAUAAGAGCGGACAGCGACGACGAGAGUAUAAACGACAUCUAG